CGAAUUAUAGCCUCGAGUUGUUAUUCUCGUAAGACGCGAUCUGAUUGGCUGACGACUUUUAAUAUUCAACCAGAUUCGUCUGUUGUUUGUCGUUUGCUAUGCGAUUGAAUUAUAGCAAUGGUCGCUCAAUUUGUGCCGAAAAUGUGACAGAUUUGAAGCCAUUGGAGAAUUUAGAAGUUAUGUGAUCAUAUUGAACCGUUUCGUGUUCAAAUGAAGGACUGUUUGUACAAUAUGGGAUGCGGGAUGAGCGCUGAAGAUCGAGCCGCCAGGGCACAUAGCAAGGCAAUCGAUCGCGAGUUAAGGCAGGAAGGAAUCAAAACUGAAAAAGACGUAAAGCUACUACUUCUAGGUAAGCCUUAAAGCAACCUAUAAAACUCUUUUCUAAAAGUCUUGGAUAAAAUGACGUUGCUGAGUUGUAUUCGGUCUACGUUGCCAGACAAUUUGAGUCUAAAUUUAUACAUCAAAUUGUGAAGCAUAAGACAGACCCUCCCAUUCCUAGUUGCACGUAAACAACAACGCGUUCUCCACACUUUAAUUUAACCGCCGCUCAAUUCGAAUUAUCUGCACUGUUGCAAUUUAGCUCGCGGUAGAAUGCUCUGCUACGUUCUAAUGGCUGCAUGUUUUUCCUCGUUUAACAGGUGCUGGGAACUCUGGCAAAAGCACAAUCGUGAAGCAAAUGAAGUAAGCAAAUUUGACUCCAGCAGUCUUUAAAUAUCUUCAAUGAUUUGGGAGUAUUUUAAUAGACACAAAGUAUUUAAAAUAGCAUAUCUAGGAUUCUCACUAAUUUGCAACAUUUCUGUUCUAAUAUUUUCUUUUAGAAUUAUUCACGACAAUGGCUUCUCUCCUGAGGACUACUUCUACUAUAAGCCACUAAUCCACAGCAACAUAAUAACAUGUAUGAUGCAGAUCAUUCGUGGUAUGGAUAAACUAAAGAUCGAAUUCGAGGAUGAAAGAAGACUAGUGAGUAACAGCCCAAAGUUUUCAAUGAAUUUCACAUAUAAAUUUAAAGAGGCACCCCACGAAUGAUGCCUACUGCUUUGUUGUUUGAAUCUAGACGGAUGCCAAACUUAUUUUUGAAUUGGUAGCAAGGAACCAGGAACGCGAGCCGUUUUAUCCUGAGCUUACUGAAGCUUUGGGAAGACUUUGGGAAGAUGAAGGAGUUAGACACUGUUUUGAACGAUCGAGGGAAUACCAACUGAAUGACUCGGCAGAAUAGUAAGCCAUGUUAACCUUAUGACUUGUUUACUUCACAAUUCAUGCUGCUAUUUUUAACAUCAUGCGUGAUUUAAUAGUGUCACAAAUAUGCGAAAUAUUUUAAAGCUUUUGAUAAAUUCCCUUAGUUUAUAAUGUGUGUACUGUAGAGUCUAAUAAAUAUAUAGGUUUUAUAUUAUAUUUGAAGAAAUAUGCACCUGGUGUUCAAUAUUAUUUGUUUUCAAAUAUUUUACUCCAAUAUAGAUGAUUAAGCUAUGAUUAUUUAAUUAAUAACCAUCAGCAAUUUUAUCAAGUUACCAAUGAUUUAUAGAGUGACUUGAAAAAUAUGUUCCUCUGUUCACACUCCACUGAUUUGUGAUAGGCAAAAUUUUAGUCUGGCUUGGUUUUUGGAUUUGUUUUCAAUUGCAUGCAAUUAUUUCACAUGACCUCAUUGCAUUAUGUCAUUCUCAAGGUUAUAUGUAUGUUUUACAAAUUCCCUUAUACUUAUCAUGCAUUGUUUAAUUAAGUCACUUUUAUUUUCUGUCUUAUAUUUUACUUCCUUGAAUGCAUUGAAUGUGCUUUAUGUAAUAACAGGGCACUAAACAACCCAGAACCUUAGGCCCGGUUUAGACAGCGAACUUUUCAUGUGCUGAACGUAAAUACAACGAUUAAGUGCAACAGAAGAAUGGCAUCUAAAGCAAUUAAGUUUGGCAAGUUUUGAUUAGGUUCAACACGGCACAAAAUAUUAUGAGACUCAGGUUUGAUAUGGGUUUACACGCUGUGCCUUUAAUGUGUCGAACCUAAUACAUUACAUUUUUUAGUGUACUGUAUCAUAUACAAGGCCGCCAGAAGCGAGGGCUGGGGGGCUCGAGCCCUACCCCAUAAUUUCCAUAUGUACAAGCAAAACACGCAGAAGAACUAGGAAAGUGCAAAAGCAAGUUAUUAUUAAAGUUAUUAUUAAUUAAUUAAAGUAUAUUUCACAUAAGUUUUCCCUUGUUAACUAUUAUUGGCUUAAUUGUUUAAACCUUCAUAGUUAUCUUGAGUCCUUGCAAAGAAUUGGGAGCACCAGCUAUAGUCCAACACAAGAAGAUCUCUUACGAGUAAGAAACAGAACCACUGGAAUUGUGGAAAUUGAAUUUCAUUUCAAAAGAUUGCAUUUUAAGUAAGAUUUUUAUUAUAUAAAUACUCCAAGAAUAACAGGUACUCAUUCGAUCAAUUGACAUGUCGACCCCAAUGAAGUAGUGCUGUAUGGAAUUGCUUCAUUUGCUUGUUCACUUGUUCUUUAAUUAAUAAAUCCCAUUUUAUAUAUCAAGGACAAUGUUAAUUUGUGAAUUAGACUAUGAAGUUCUAUGCAGUGGGUGCACACUUCAAUUGAUCAUAUUAUAUGUGUUAAUUUUAUAUGAGUAAAAUCAUCUGGUAUUAGACAGAGUAAAAUGAUAAAGAAGGGUUUAAAGUAUUAAAGUGGAAGUCAAGGCUGUUCUGCGCAUCGGUUCUGCUCAUAACAAUGUGAGGACCCUCUAAUGUGAACAUUGCGCAAAUUUCGAAUGUUUCGAAUUUUUCUGAACAUAAACUCUAUUUCAUAUUCAUUUAGAAGCAUAGCAAACCAAAAUGGUGUUAGUUAUACAGUGGAUUGGAGUCACUGUCUGUUCAUCAUGAAAAUAUUUGUACUAGUUUAUUUCAAACAGUAGUUGCUGAUGAAAAUCAUAAGUUACGAAGUUUACUGCCACCUAUACAUACUUCUUUUUAUGAUUUAAGAAACGAUAGGAAAUUUGAAAUUCCUAGAUGUAACACUAAUCGUUUUCAAACUAGUUUUUUUGUGGCUUCGUGCCGCAAAUCAUCUAUCUAAUGCUAUUGAAAUGACCUAAUAUUUUUAAUAAUUUUAAAUUUUUUAGUAUGUUAAAGUAAUAAACAUCUUGUAUAUAUAAUAUUUAUAUGGAAUGUCAUCAUAAUGGCUUGAUAAACUCUUCUUUUACAUUCUCGUAAUUAGUUAAAUUUACUUGUAAAAAAAAUACGCAAUUCAGCCUAUGGCUGCGAAGUAUUUUAUUAAAUCUAUCUAUCUAUCUAUCUAUCUAUUUAAAAAAAUACAGCACUUCAAAGUGUAAACAAACCGUUUGUUUACUUGAGGACUUGACUUCCACUUUAAUGUCAUGCAAUUAUAAUUUGAUGUAAAUAUUUUUUUGAUGACAUGUGACCAACUUUUAGAUUAUGUGACGUUGGAGGCCAAAGAACUGAAAGGCGAAAGUGGAUACAUUGUUUUGAUGACGUCACUGCAAUUAUAUUUGUUGCCGCAUUAAAUGAAUAUGAUAUGCUGUUAGAAGAGGAUGAGUCGACGGUAAGAUAGAUUUUCAAACUUCUUAAUCAAGUUUUCAAACUGGUUAAUCAAUUUAAUCAGUUUAUCAAUUUAAACUAGUUACUGGUAUCAAGUUUUCAAACUGGUUGAUCAAAUUGAUUAUUCAAAUUGACAAACUGGCUUUAUAGCAAGUUAUUAAAUUGACUUAAUCAAUUUAGCAAACUGGUUAAUCAAGUUAUCAACUGGUUAAUCAAGAUAGCAAAUUAGUACUCCAUAAAGCUUCAGAGUAGUUGAUUAGUUUUAUGGAAACUUGAAUGAAAAAUUUUUUUUAUUACAUUUUUGCCACUAGAACCGUAUGACAGAAAGCCUUAACCUCUUCGAUUCGAUUGUAAACAAUGAUUUCUUUGCGAAUACGUCGAUGAUUCUUUUCUUGAACAAGAAAGAUUUGUUUGAAAAGAAGAUAAUUUUCUCGCCAAUUACAGAAUGUUUUAAAGAUUACACUGGUGAGUGAACCGUUUACUAAUUUAAGGAGAACAUUUAAAACCUGGUUUACACUAUCACAAGUUUCUGUGUUAACACAGAUAAGAGUAAGUUUCCUCAAACAUUUCUUACAAAUCCUUCAAAACUUAAAAUUUACUUAUGCAAAAUUCCUACUGUGAUCACAGAAACUUUGAUAGUGUAAACCAGCUUUGUAUUAAUACAACUUGUUGAUACAGUACCAUAAUUGUUACAUUACACUGUUGCAAAUUAACACAUGGAAUAGCGUUUACCAGAUUUGGGAUUUUCACCCUCAUACUUAUAUUUUCUUCAAGAGAAGCCUCUUUCUCACACACCACUGGGAGCUGCUGCAGCGUCAGCCGCAAGCUUGACAUUUAUUCCUACCAUACAAUUGCUCGCUACAUAAUAACUAUAAGAAGUACCAUAUACACAUCCAAAGCCAUACUUUUCCCCUAAUCACUACUAUAAAACUGAAUGGGUUGGGUGGGUGGUAUACUGUCAAGCUACAGUGAGCGACAACAAAAAUAUGCUCAUAUAACCUGCACCACCCUGUAACACCCUGAUUUCAUCAGGCCCCCAGCAGUGUGUGAGAGAAAACAUUUUCCGUUUCUUUCGUGCCUCAGCCAGCGGAAAAUAACACUUCCAGCAACAUGUAAAAUUGUUUGCCGUUAGACAGAAUAAAAUGUCAACAAUACAUUAAUUAAUAUAUUCCAUAAUUUUGCAGGUGAUCAUAGCUUCGAAGACGCAUGUAAUUUCAUUCAGAAAAAUUUUGAAAAUAAGAAUCUGAACGAUCGAAAAGAGAUCUACGUUCACAGAACAUGUGCGACAGAUACUAAAAACAUUGACGUUGUAUUCAACGCGGUUACAGACACUAUUAUUGCAAAGAAUCUGAUGCGAUGUGGUUUGUAUUAAAAAUAUUGCUUGAUAUAUCAAACUAUCGUCGACCUCAGCAGUGGUAAACGACCGUUUUAUGGUCAAAUGGUGGAGUUCUAUUGAACGUGUGGUAAAAAUGAUCAAAAUUGGUGGGUUUCAGUGGCACUUAUGGCCGGGCACAGUGCAUAUUUUAAUAGAUUUACAGGGGGGGGGGGGGCAAAAUCAAGACUGGGCUCCCCAUAGUAAAGGCCUGGUCAAACAAGAGUUGAGAAGUGAGAGUUUUCAUGAGAGUUUUCUCAACUCUCAUGCCCCCCGGUCAAAUGAGAACAAGAGUUAUAUGAAAAUUGACUGGAUAUUACCGCUCAUGACAAAAGAGUUGCAACUCUCAUCCUCAAUGAGAGCUUAAGAUUUAGGUCACUCAGGGUAAGGUUAGGGCCCAGUCUGAACCACUAACUAGUGCCCUCCCCAGCCCCCCACACACACACUAAAUAUGUUAAAAUAUGCCUUAGUCGGGCAGCAGAUGAUUAUGGUGGUCAAUUGUUAGUAAACCUUUCUGGAAAGUAUGUCACUUUGACCAUAGAGCCUCGUUUACUUGAUUGGGAUGUUUGGGAGUCCUAAUGUCCAUGGAAAUGAGGCUCUAUAGCCAAUGUGACGUUACUUACCCGAAGGGUGCAUUGAUACUUUUGUCUUACAGGAGCAUGACAAUAUUUAUUUUGAAAUAUUUUCCAUAUAUUUUCUCACUCUGAGAACCGUGCCAGUUGAUUGUCAUCUGUUGCACAUGUCUGAUGAAACCCACCAAAAGUUUUGAAACGAGAACGUUAGGACGAGAACGCUCAGACGACGAAUUAAAAUUUCCCAAAUGACUUCUCUUUCAAUUAAAGAUGCUGUACAGUCCGAUCUGCGCAUGUGCACAAAGGAGCCCUCUUUUUAUUUACAAACAGUUUAUUUAGGUUUUUAUUUCAUUUUAUGUUCUUGCAAAGCUUGAUUGUUGUGCCUUGAUACUUUAUUAUACUCUAGAAUCAUGAAAAUAUAAAUAGUUGUCGAAUAAAAUUCAAUAUUUUGGAUACUGAAAUGUAAACAAAGCCUUUGUUUACAUACGGACUGUACCGCAUCUUUAAAACCUUACCCUUUUAAUAUCGAUUAAAUUAAGCGGCCUCGUUUGAGAUUUUAAACAUUUAAACAGGCCCAGGGUUUUGAUCAGAAAAGUAAAACCUUGUACAGUACUCGGUAGCAAUAACAAUUAAUUUUGUAGAACUAUUUUAGUAUGCUACUUAGCGAUGUACAAACAAACGCUUUUAAUUGUGCAAAGAUAUAUUUAGUAUUAUUAGCAAUUAUGGUUGAUUUUAUGUACGAAUACGCGAGAUUUUAUCUUGUAUUUAUUUUAAAUAAUUCUUUUCUGCGAAAACUGGAUUUUUCGUCGUAAUCAAUUCAUAGCUUUCUGUCUUGCAAAUGUAUUGUACUAGAUCUGGAGUGUACAGGGACGUUUUUAUGUGUUCUGCCUUUCACAAUUCCAUACUCAGGAAAUUUAUAGAAAAUAAAAUCAGUUACAUGGUCAUAGAACAAGUUAGAAAUUCAAUUUUCAAAGUUUUCCAAGAAAAGUGCAAAUUUUCAAGAAAACCUAAAACAGCAAAGUAUAGAAUGUUUCAAAUUUUCCAGUGUUUCACCCAUAGUUUCACCUCACCCCCCCCCCCUCCCCACUCCUCUCCCCUCCUGCAAAACCUUGCACUGUGUUGCAAACCGGGCUGGUCCCUUAUAGCCUAAAAGAAAAAAAGUCUUGCAGAAACUUGCAACAGGGGUGGGGGGUGGGAGUGAUCUCUGGAUAAUAGAAACGAUCUUGUACACAACAGUAUUCUUAAAAUAUGUAUAUUUAAGUCUUUCUGUAUCCAAUGAAAAUAGCAGACAUUUUAUACUACCUCCACCUUGUUUUUCUACCUUUUAUUCCUCAUCGCUAUACAGGUGACUUUUGAUUAAAUGUGUCUCUGUACAAGUUGGAUAUAGAAAGAUAAUUUUAUUAACAUAAAAUUCCUCUUAGUUUUAGUAAUUCAAAUAUAUUAGUUUCGUAGUAUUUUAAUCUAUGAAUAUUUGUUAAAUUGAAAUAAACAAAAUAACAUUGCUUCUUCAGUGAAUGUCUGCGAGACUGUGGUCCGUUUAAAACGUAGAAUAUUAAGAUCCGUAGUACGGAGCGCUCUUGCUCAGCCUAACAUACCCACAUGUCAUCGAUAAUUUAGUGUUUGGCCACUUGAACGUAAUAUAGGAAAUGGCCAAUUCAAUUUGGCCAUGCCUAUGAUUUUUACUUUUUAGACAAGGAAAUUACAAAAAGCACUUCCUUGAAAAACAACUCUUAAAGUGUCUGACGC